AUGCAAAGAUGCUCGGAAGAAAGCGAAAACAGGUCCACCAUCGCUUGCAAUUCGGCGAUCAGUGCCUGCGAAAAGGCAAAGCAAUGGCAGUGUGCCCUGGAUUUGCUCUGGCAGAUGCCCGAAGGAGGCAACGUGUGGGACGAGGUGGCUUUCAGCGCGGCAACCAGUGCUUGCGGAAAGGCCGGACGAUGGUCCGAGGCGCUGGCGCUGCUCGGGGCCAUGGUGGAGGUGCGCAUCCCCACAUCCAUUGAAGCCCUCAGCGCCGCCGUCACCGUUUGCGAGGACAUGAGCGAAUGGCAGCAGGCAUUGCAGCUCUUUGCCUCAAAAAGUGAAGAUGUGGUGGCUGACGAGAUAUUGCUCAAUGCCGUCAUAGCUGCUCUUGCAGAGGGGGGCAAGUGGCAAAUGGCGCUGAGUGUCCUCCUUGACUUUGAGCAGCGCAGAUUGCACAAAACUGAAGUCACGUACACCGCUGCAAUCUGCUCCUGCGGAGCAGAGCAGUGGCCUUGGGCAUUGGCCCUGUUUGCGGAGGAGAUUGAGAACGGGCUGCUAAGUGCUGCUUGCCCCAACGGCUUGCAAGCAGGCACUGUCCUUUCCAUGCUGCACAAGGCCGAGGGACGAAGCAAGGCCGCAUCUUUCGCGGAGCAACUGCGGCUGAUCUGGCACGGCCACGUCCAGCCUCCGCAACCGCAGCCAGUAUCGUCGCCUUCUUUUGAUGUCCUGGCUCGUGGAUGUGGCGUGCUUGUGGUGGAGAAGCCCAAUGGGCUUGAGUCGGCGGCUGUCCUGGACAGCCUUCGCACAGACCUGGGCAUUCCAAUGUCCUCUAUCUCCCGGCUGGACCAGCCGACCUCUGGCAUUCUUCCGAUUGCCUUGGGCGACGAGGCCGCUCCAGCCACGCAGUGGCUAAGAGCACAGUGGGCAGGGCGACUCGUCGCCAAAUCCUAUGUUUGCUUGUGCGCGGGUCCAGCGAUGGAGCAUGGCUUCUCUGCAGAGCUGGCGCUCUCUCUCAGACAGAAGCCGGGAGAAGCACGAUCACAAGAAGUCUGCUCUGAUUGCUCUGGUGGUGGGCGCCCGGCCAGGACCAUCUACACUGUUCUGGCAAGCUACAGCGAUCCAGAGAACCGCUCAGAUUCGAGGGGCAAGGCAACCUCGCUGAACCUGCUCAAGGUGCGAAUAUUGACUGGCCGAAAACAUCAAAUCCGCGUGCACUUGGCCAGCAUUGGACAGCCGCUCGUGGGAGACAAGCUCUACCGUCCAGGCUGCGAGGUGGACUGGUGCCCUCGCAUGUUCCUGCACUGCCGACGACUGGAUUUCCUCGACCUCGAAGGAAGACGGAUCCUGGUGAAGUCCCGGCUGCCCGCCGAGCUGGCGGUCGCAACGUAUGACCAGUUUAAGUCCAUCUACAGCGGCUUCGGAAUUAAGGGAAACUCCAAUGUGGUCGCUUCCUCCUUCACAGCUGGACUGGUCUACUCCGUCAUUACCAUGCCGUUUGAGUCCGCGAAGAAUCGCAUGGCUUCGCAAAAGCCGGACCCAGAGACGGGUAAGCUUCCGUACCGUGGCACCAUGCAGACCAUUCAGGCAGUCGCAGGCAAGGAGGGCGCGGCAGCUCUUUACAAUGGUUUCAUGCCAUACUGUCUGCGGUGUGGAGGGCACACUGUGCUAAUGUUCUUUGCCGUGGAGGAGCUGCAAAAGUGGUACCGAAAGGUCGCAUAA